UGCUUCAAACUGGAAACUCAGACUGGUUGCCUUGUUGACAUUCUAACUACGUCUUGUCAACCGACAACGAUUCACGAUUGUAACAUCACCAAGAGGCCUCAGCCCGACUCAUACCACCGCCCCCCUCCCCUCCCUUAGAUAUCCUUAGAAUUUCAACCUCAAGGCUGUAAGAAUAGACAAGUCAAGGCCUCUCUCUGCCUUUACACUUGAAACAUCCCUCCCCGGUUACUGAACUAACAGUGCAGCUUACCACAAUCUUUGAUUUUCGCCAGUUCUGCCGAAGGUGACAUCUCUGCGUCCAUGGUUCUCUUAUUCUAUCGCAACCAGUCGAGUUCCCAAUCUCAAUAUGGCUGCGGCCGUGUUUACAGAAUCAUGCGGAAGCGCGACAAGAGACGGGUUUAAUCAGCCAAAGAACCAGCCUCCCACCGCGAUUGCGACUUUGCAUUGGGACGAAUUGGACCUGCAAACUCGACUAGAGCUUAUUGCAAGAGCUUGGCUUUCGGUUUCGACAGUGUUGACAUCGGAAUCAAGUUGCAGGUAUAAUCAAAAUAUCGGCCGCCGUGCUAUCUCUAAGCCGCUGGUGUUACCUGACGCUACUCCGAAACGAUCGCGACGAUUAUUGAAGCUUCGUGAUGAAGAUACCCUCCCCCUUGAAUUACUAAUUGACCCAACUCGAACCGGUGAAGAUGCCCGUCAACAAGAUUACUCUACGUUAGUGAACCACCAGGCCCCCCCGCUAGAUGACGCCCGGUGCCAGCGAAGGAAGUUGUUAAUCGAAGACCCAACAACCAAGCAUUAUUUGGAUUUUCUGUCACAAGAUGGCUUUAUUCAACAUGCCAGAAAGAAGAAAAACAACACAAAAUCAGGAAAUGUUUUCGAUUGGGAUCAGGCAGCGAAAGAAACCGGCGCCGGAGCUGGUGGGGACGAUGACGGCCAAGACGGUGAUGCAGGAAACACUGGCGGAGGUACGGGCGGCGAUGGCCAGGGUAAUGGUAAGGGUGGUGAUGACGAUGGUAAUGACAAGGAUAAAGACAAGGGUAAGGGUAAGAAUGAUGCUGAAGAGAAGGAAAAGGAGAAGGAGAAGAAGGAGAGGGAGAAAGAAAAGAAGGACGACGCAACCAACACAAAAUCAGAAGAUAGCAUGGCUACUGCCGAGACUAUUAACGGUAAGAAAAAGAAGAAGAGCAAUACACUAGUUGAAGAGAGGGCUCAAUCCUUCGAAGCAGCAGGUAAACCCAACACAUUCCAGGACGUCAAGUUGGAUGAGCCCCCAAGAACGUCUCUAGAUCCUCCGAGGACCUCUUUAGAUAUCAAUUCCAGUGGUAGUAGAACCACACCAGAGCCUAGGUCCGGUUUUCUCGGUGGCUUGAGUCGCGGUUUCGGGAGCCUGUUUGGGUCUAAAGAUACAGACCACACAAAAGAUAAGGAGGAGAAGAAGGAAGAAAGGAGGGAAGAGACAAACGCCAGUUCUGGGAGCAUUGAUCGACCUAAACUCAAGGAUAAGACAGGAUUUGGGUUUGGGUCAUUCGACGAAACAGAUGAGAACAAGGUCAAGAUACCCUCUAAAGGAAAGCCUGAAGAGAAGGACGAGGGGUUUGACUUCGGGCUAGGUUCAAGUAAAAAGGAUAAGAGCAAAAAGAAGACCAGCAUUUGGGACCCCGAACCACUACCCGAAGAGACACCCACCGCUCAAAGUAAGGAAUUCGAGUCAAAUGUACCUGAUGACAACCGGGGAAGCACCUGGGACACUGCUACUACCGCUAAGAAGAAGGGCAGAAAGGGUUCCGCUGUCAUAGCACCCGAGCCUGAGAAGAUUGAGCCUGUGAUCAAAACUGGCAAUACCGCGAUGGCUGCGAUUGACUUGCUUGUCCCACCAUCUAGGAAGGACAAGAAAAAGAAGAAGGGUGCCAUUGAAGAAAUUCCUGAGCCCGUGUUCCCCUCACCGGAAUUAGAGCCAGAACUUGAUCCAGAAAAGGAAGAGAACCCCUGGAGCGAUUCAUUUGGAACAUCUUCCAAGAAAAGUAAAAAGAAGGGAGUCGAAACACUUAAGGAGUCUGACCCGCCUGCUCUCGACCCAGAGCCUGAAGCUUCGAUCCUUGAGGGUAGUAGGGGUUGGGGUAUAAAGGACAAAAAGAAGAGCAAAAUCGGAGAGGUGCAGAAGGUAGAACUAACAACUCCGCCUGAACCUACCAACACAAGGGAGGAAGACAAUAUAUGGGACUCGACAACUGCAACGAAAAAAGAUAAGAAGAAGAAAAGCAAAGCUAUAUCAACCACGCCAGAGCCUGUUGUUGAGAUAGUAGAGGAGAAACCCGAGCCCAAUCAUGACGAUGCCUGGGGGCUUUUUGGAGCCAUCAAGAAAGAAAAGAAGAAAAAGACGAAAGACCCUGAGCCCGAGCCUAUUCCAGAACCAGAAUCUGUAGUUGAAGCCGAACCCGAGCUUGAGAAGGAAGACGACUGGGGAAAUUGGGGUGCACCUACAAACAAGAAAAGGAGCAAAAAAAGUAAAGGCGUUGAAGAUAAUAAAGACGCCGAACCAGUGCUAGACAAGGUGUCUAAACUCCCAGCAGAACCAGAGAAGAAGGAAGACGAAUGGGGUAUCUUUGGCAUUUCCACUAAGAAGGACAAGAAGAAGAAGAACACUGCUGCUGAAGAGCCGUCUAAAGGAAUAUCUAAAGAAUUUGAAUCCGAGCCAAUCGUACUACAAGAACCUGAUGAUUUCCCAUCCUUUACAAUUACAACAAAAGAGAAGAAGAAGAAGAAGAAGAAAGGUUCAGUAGAGCCAGAACUGGAACCUCAGCCCGAGCCCGAACCUAUUUCAGAGCCAGUGCAAGGGAUUGCACCGGAACCGGAAUUAGAACCUGUAAAGGAAACCAACCUCGCAGACGAUGAUAUCUGGUCGUCAUUUGGCUCUUCCUCGAAAAAGGACAAGAAAAAGAAAAAGAAAGGUGGCGCAGAUGAGCCCCCUAAAGAGCCAGAGCCUGUUCCCGAGCCCACACCUGAAUCAGACAGGGUCGAACCUGCUGAUGACUGGGCGACUUGGGGGGUUUCUAGUAAGGAUUCAGGCAAGGGUAAGAAGAAAAAGAGCAUCUUAGAUGAGCUUGCCCUUAAAAAAUCGGAAUCUGAACUGAAAUCAGAAACACCGCCCGAUCAAAAUGAUGAUGACGUGUGGGGGCUUAGUAGCUCUAAAAAGGACAAGAAGAAAAAGAGUAAGACGGCCACAGCCAUCUUAGAAGAGCCAUUUAAGGUAAAGGAAGAGGCACCACCAACUCCACCCACACCUGAACCAAAACCUGAAAUGGGACACGUUACCACUUCAGCUACUGAACAACCGACUGCUUGGAGCUUUUGGGGUGCAACCAAGAAGCCCACCAACAAAGUGAAGGAGGAAUCUCCCAUCGAAGAAAGGCACGAAGGUUGGCUAGAUUGGGGCAAGAAAAAAAUCAAAGCUUCCACAGCUUUAGUCGAAGUUAACACGGAACUAGGACACGAAGGUUCAGGGUCGUCAUCCGCUGUCGCUGAAGGUGAUGAGUUUUGGGACGGACUUGCGACUAAUAAGAAUAGAAAUAAAAAUAGCCUGAUGCCGGACUCUAUUGAAGAGCCAAAGAAUGACGACCCCUGGGCAAGCAGCUCGAAGAAACAGAAAAAGAAGAAAGGUAGCAAGAAUAUUCCGGUCGAGAUCGAGAAUGAGCCUCAUCUUGACAGUCUCAAACCUGACUCGGUUGAAGAGAGCAGGGGUGGUAAUUCAGAUGACUUUGACUGGGACUGGGGAAGUUCAAGCAAAAGCAAGAAGAAAUCUCCACCUCCAGCACCUACACCGCCUUCAUUAGAAAUGAGCAUGUCGGACCAAGAAAUAGGGGAGAAUGUCUGGGAUGACGCCAAAACCGGAGAAAACGAAGAGGAAAGGAGAGCAGCCGAGGAAUUGGCAAAUCAAAUCGCCGCUGAAGAAGACGAGCUGGCGGCUUUGACAGCUAAAAGCAAGAAGAAGAAACUUUCCAAGUCUAGCCAGAGAAGAUUUGACGAACUCACUGCGAAAGCCAAACGUCGUGUUAAAGAGAAGGCAGCUAAGGAAAAGGCCGCUAAAGAAGCCGAGAAGGCAGCUGCAGCGGAAGCCUUAGAAGCGGAGCAGAAAGCAGCGACGGAAGCUCAGGAGGCCGAAGAACUAGCUGCCGCACAAACGCUCGCGGACGAAAUUGCGGAAGAGGAAGCAGAGCUUGCCGCACUGAUAGCCAAGAGCAAGAAGAAAAAGAAGUUCAAAGCAGUAGACCAGAUGAGGCUUGAUGAGCUUACCGAAAGAGUCCAGGCCCGUGCUGAUGCGAAGGCAUCCGAGGAGGAUCAGGGUCAAGAAGCGCCUGACGCAAACGGAGAGACUCAAGAAGCAGAUGAGCAGGCGGAGGCCGAAGAACAGAGAGAACGAGAGGCUAAGGCACAAGCAGCGCGCGAAGCGGAAGAGGAGGAAGCUCGCGAGGCAGAGGAGCAAGCCAGGCGCGAACGCGAGGAGGCAGAGGCGGCAGCCAAGAAAAAAUCAAAAAAGGGCUCCAAGUCUGAGGAUAAGAAGUCCAAAUCUACUAGUGCUAAGGAUAAGUUGUCUAAGAAAGAGAAGGAGAAAGAGCGGGAAAAGGAGAGGGAGAGAGAGGAAAAAGAGAGGGAAGAAGAAGAAGAAGCAGAAAGACAGAGACAACAGGAACAGGAAGAAAAGAAAAGGGACGACGAUGAUGAUCUGGAUCUCGACAACAUUGAUCUUGCCCCCGAACAGAUCGACGAACUUUUAUCUGGCUUUUCAGCUCCCAAAAUACAACCUCAGCCUAAACCCAAGGCUGAAAAGCAUAAAUCCGAUGCAUUCUCAUUUUGGGGCGCUAGGGCGAAAAGCUCCUCACCUGAACCGAACCCCCGGCCCCCCCCGUUGAGGAUGCACCGUCGUCUUCGAAGGCACCCACACUCGACGAUGACUGGAUGAAACCAAAGAGGACUAAGGCUAAGAGCGGUAAACUUGCCGAAAAACUUAGGAAAUUUGAGCCGGCCAAAGAGGAAGAAGACGAUGAUCUGAUUUACGGGCUGGCUGCGCCGCCGCCACGUGUUCGUGUCGCACCGCCCGUAGAGGAAGGUGACAAAUCUAGUUCCUCUAAAGAUAUCCUCCCCGGGGGUUUCCCCGAAGAGGACGAGAACGAAAUCAUCGAUAUCGUUGACAUGGCGCCCGUACAGAAGAGAAAGAUGAGCAGCAAGAAGAGCAAAACCAAGACCGUCGUCGAGGUACCCCCUCCACCACCUCAGGUUCCUAUUCCGCCACCACCUCCCGAAGUGCCGCUUCCUCCUCCAGCUGUUCCCGACGGGCCCCCGACACCACCACCCGAAGUCAAGUCUUCUAAGAGAGAUCGGCACAAGGUUAACCGCGAUGGUGGUGCAUCAUGGACAAUGUGGUCGGCAACACCUCACAAAGAGGAGAGGAGAUCUAAGCCUAGGUCUGAAGAGAAGAGGGUCCGGAUAGAGAAGGA